AUGGCAGUUACAAAUCUAACAGGAAGUGGAACGCAAAGAAAAACAGUUCAAGAAGCACACUGUUCUCACUCUUUGGAAGGAGGGUUACAACAACACUUAUACUACCUAUCGGCAGUCAACAUUUUCCUUUCUAUUGGCGCAUUUCUUGGGAAUUCUCUUAUCCUUGUUGCCUUUCGCAGAGAAUCUUAUCUUCAUCCGCCAUCCAAACUCCUGUAUCGUUGUCUGGCAACAACUGAUCUGUUGGUUGGACUUGUUAGCCAGCCUCUCACUACUACAUAUUGGAUGUCCAUAGUUUACGAACAUUGGAGUCUUUGUCGUUACGCACGGGACGCAGCUUUCAUAACAAGCUAUGCAUUAUGCGGGGUGUCAUUGUCGACGAUGACGGCCAUAAGCGUGGACAGACUUCUAGCCCUGUUGUUGGGAUUGAGAUACAAACAAAUUGUUACUUUGAAGCGCACAUUUUUCUGUAUGGGUACAUUUUGGGCGGUAAACCCCGUUGCUGCUUUGUCCUACAUCUUAGAUCACCGUAUCGUCGUUUGGUAUAGCUCUUUAGGUGUACCAUUUUGCUUGGCUAUCUCGGUCGUCUGCUACUCAAAGAUUUUCCACAAUCUCAAUCGUCAUCACGCUCAAGUACAAGAUCAUGUUGAACAACAGCUGAGCCAACCAAACACACUGAACAUUGCACGAUACAGAAAGGCAGUGUACAGUGCACUAUGGGUACAGUUAUCAUUAGUUGUUUGUUAUUUGCCAUUUGUUAUUGUGGAUGUGGUGAUCAGCCGUAGCAAAAUACAUUCAUCACAUUUAGCCAGCAUUAGGGAAAUAUCAGUUUCCUUAAUUUACUUCAACUCGACGUUAAAUCCUUUCCUUUACUGCUGGAAGAUUAGCGAGGUCAGACAAUCAGUAAAGCAGACUAUCAGAGAAGCAGUUUGCUGUUUUUGAAGUAAUAUUGCCCUAGUUAUGGAUAAAUUGAUGUUUGCAAGAAUGACAAUAACAGAUCGAAAGAAAGCUUGAA